GUAGGGGCGGGGCUCCGGGGGCGCGCUCGGGUCUCAUUGGCUGGGGGCGCGGAGCGGGGCUCCCUAGGGCGCGCGCCGAGGAGGCGGCCAUGGAGGGAGUCGGAGCAGGAGCUGGUUUCCGGAAGGUAGAGCUGGUGGUAGGCAGCCAGAAGGACCAGCAGGUGGCACUGAGCUUAUGCGGGCAGUGACCGGGACCCUGGCUGGGGCACAGUGAGGGCUCAGGACAAACUGGGAUGCUGGGUCCUGCUGUCCGCUGCUGUGACACAUUCACCUCCCGUGCCUCAGGGUUUCACCCAUCCGCUGCUCUGCUUGUCACCUAUUGGACUGCUCUGGGUGAGGUGCUGUGAGCUCCCUGCUUCCCGCUGCUGGCAGCCUGGCCGGUCCUUCACCCACCUUCCCUUGUAGUGCCUGUUUCUGGGCUCCUGGGUGCCCACUGCCCCUGCCCCCAACCCUGGGCACUCCAUGUUGGCUCCUUUCCCAGCCCUUGUGGGCUGGUGCCUGCCCUGGGUCACCUCACUGAGUCUCGUGGCUCCACCAGCCACCCAGGGCUGCCCUCCAAGUCUCAGCCACUGCUGCAGCUGCCGCCUGCCACUCCCUGUGGACAGCUCUUGGGAGCUGGUGAGCAGGCUGCUGCACGCGCACUUUAAGGAUGACAAGACCAAAGGUGCAGUUAGCGGGGACUCACUGCAGCUCAUGGCGGAGCUGCUGAAGAUCUUCGUUGUGGGUGAGCCCAGGGCCCAGGCCCCCUCCCAGAAGCAGCCGUCCGUGCGGUACGGCAGGCCCAGGCAGAAGAUGCCAUUCUUGUGGAUGUGGACCAGCUGGAGAAGGUGCUUCCGCAGUUGCUCCUGGACUUCUAGGGACCUCAGCCGUGGCUGAAGCCACCCCAGGGAAGUCCCUGGUCCACAGAAGCAGGUCUUGUGUUUCUAGUGGCUUCUGGUUGCAGACAGAGAAGGACCUGAGGGGUUUGGAGCUGAUUCAAACAAGAUCCCGAGAUUCUCCAACCUUUGCAGAAGGGGCAGGACUGUAGUGCAUUGCCACCCUUGGAGUGCCCACUGGAGACAGGCCCAUGGGGGCACCUACAGGCAGGUGCUGGGAAAGGCCCAGCCAACAGGUAGACUGCAUGUUUUACAAAGAGCAGCUGGCAGCGCCGCCUCCUGGCCACAUUCCUGCUACCAACAUCAAAGCUGAUGUGACCUUCCCAGGCAUCCGCUAUUCCCCUCAGAAAAUGGCUCCCCAGGCUAUAAAUUUGUUCUGACAAAGCAACAUCAAUAAAUCAAAACUGUCUCUCCCA